AGACAGCCAUUGUGGAACAGUUCUGAACAGGGACGUAGUCUGAAAUUGCCUUAAAAUGAGUUCUUUCUCUUAUUUUCCCCCCUCCAUUGUCCCAAAUGAAGGACUCUCAUGAGAGUGUGGGUUGGGGGUAGGUCUGAAAACGUCAAAUGAUUGGCACCAAUUGUGAGAUGACUUUCUAACCACGUCAGUUUUUUAUCUUGUGAGAAGUAAACUUUCUCAUGUCUGUUUUUCUGCGAACUUAACUUCGCCACUUGCUGCGAUUUAAGCUCUUUGGAGAGAGUUUUGCUCCUGCAGUCAUCUUUCUUCCCAUUGCUUGCUUUUUAUUCGUACUUUUGGGGAGCUGUGCUUGAGUGCCAGCUGAUGAACUUUUAUGUUUCGUUCGUGAUCAGUUAACUUGAACAUCACAACUAGAUGAAGCAAAGGAGAUAGAUCCCCUUCAGUAACUUGAUUGCUUGGAGUAGAAGGGAAACAGCCAGCAGAGAUCAUGCCAAGCAAGAGCACCAAAACCUCGACAGCAGCCCAUCGGAAAAACAGAGAGCCCUUAGAGGAGUCUACCAGUGAUAUGGAAGUGGAAAAGGAAGGUGACAGGCAGCUGGAAGAAGUACCUCCACAAGCAGUCUCAAGUGAGGUGCUUGAUAAUCAAAGUUUAGAAGAGAUUUUGGGUAGCAUCUCUCCUCCCCCACCUCCCGCAAUGACCAAUGAAGCUGGCGCUCCUCGUCUCAUGAUAACUCAUAUUGUAAACCAGAACUUCAAAUCCUAUGCAGGGGAGCAAACUUUGGGACCUUUUCACAAGCGUUUUUCAUGUAUUAUUGGGCCAAAUGGCAGUGGAAAAUCCAAUGUCAUUGAUUCAAUGCUUUUCGUGUUUGGAUAUCGAGCACAAAAAAUCAGAUCCAAAAAACUCUCUGUGCUGAUCCAUAAUUCUGAUCAACAUGCAGACAUCCAGAGUUGUACUGUGGAAGUCCACUUCCAAAAGAUCAUAGACAAGGAAGGAGAUGAUUACGAAGUCAUUCCUAACAGCAAUUUCUGUGUAUCUAGAACUGCCUAUAGAGAUAAUUCUUCUGUCUACCACAUCAAUGGAAAGAAAAAGACAUUCAAAGAUGUUGGUAUUCUUCUUCGAAGCCAUGGAAUUGAUCUGGACCACAACAGGUUCUUAAUUUUACAGGGAGAAGUUGAACAGAUCGCAAUGAUGAAACCAAAAGGCCAGACUGAACAUGAUGAAGGCAUGCUGGAAUAUUUAGAAGACUUGAUAGGAUCUGCCCGCCUCAAAGAACCUAUCCAAACCCUGUGCCACAGAGUGGAGCUCUUAAAUGAGCAGAGAGGAGAAAAGUUAAAUAGAGUUAAAAUGGUGGAAAAAGAAAAGGAUGCCUUGGAAGGGGAGAAGAAUGAAGCCAUUGAAUUUCUCUGCUUGGAAAACAAGGUGUUUAAAGAAAAGAAUCACAUCUGCCAAUACUAUAUCCAUGACCUGAAGAAACGAAUCAGUGACCUGGAAACACAGAAAGAGAAAAUCAACGAAGAGAAAAAAGAGAUAAAUGAGAAAAGCAGUAAACUUGCAGAUGAGAUGAAAACCAAGAAUAAGGCUGUCAAAGACCUUGAAAAGAAAAUUAGUAAAAUUGCAAAGUUUGUAGAGGAAAAUAAAGAAAAAUUUACUCAAUUGGAUUUGCAGGAUGUUAAAGUAAGGGAAAAUCUGAAACAUACCAAGAGCAAGGCUAAAAAACUGGAGAAGCAACUUCAAAAGGACAAAGAAAAGGUGGAAGAACUGAAAAGUGUACCCUCCAGCUGUGAAAAAGCUAUCAGGGAAGCCACAUCUAAGAAAGAGCUUCUUGAACAGGCAAAAGAGAAAGAAGAAGAAAAGCUCAAGCAGGUGAUGGACAACCUUAAGGAUGAGACACGAGGACUUCAGGAAGAAAAAGAGGGCAAGGAGAAAGAACUGAUUGAGUUUAGUAAAGCUGUGAAUGAGGCACGUUCAAAGAUGGAUUUAGCUCAGUCAGAGCUUGAUAUCUAUCUCAGCCGUCACAAUACUGCUGUGUCUCAGCUGAACGAGGCAAACGAGGCUCUGGUGACUGCUUCGGAAACUCUUAAGAAAAGGAAAGCUGUUAUCAAAGAGCUAGAGAAAACAUUACCCCAAGCUGAACAGGAACUGAAGGAGAAGGAGAAUCUGCUGGAGAAGCUGGGAAGGGAAGAAUCGGGUGCCAGGGAUCUGAUUCGAGAUCUGCGUCAAAAAGUGGAAGAAGCCAAAAGUUCUUUAGCACAGAGUCACAGUCGAGGAAAAGUGCUUGAGGCUCUGCUUCAGCAGAAGAAGUGUGGGAAUAUCCCUGGGCUCUAUGGCAGGCUGGGGGACUUGGGAGCCAUCAAUGAGAAGUAUGAUGUGGCAGUCUCGUCCUGCUGCGGUGCCCUGGACUACAUCGUCGUUGACACCAUCGACACAGCCCAGCACUGUGUGAACUUCUUAAAGGCAGAAGGAAUUGGGGUGGCCACCUUCUUAGCCCUGGACAAAAUGGCUGUAUGGGAAAAAAAAAUGCAGAAGAUCUCCACCCCUGAGAACGUCCCUCGGCUGUUUGAUAUGGUGACAGUGAAAGACGAGAAGAUGCGCCAGGCCUUCUACUUCGCCCUACAGGACACCCUGGUAGCCAGCAACUUGGAAGAAGCCACCAGAAUAGCAUUCCAGAAAGAGAAAAGGUGGAGAGUGGUAACGCUGCAAGGACAGAUUAUUGAGCAGUCAGGAACGAUGACUGGUGGUGGAGUUAAAGUCAAGAAGGGCAGAAUGGGUUCCUCAGUCGUAAUGGAUGUUUCAGAAAAAGAGAUCAAUGAAAUGGAAUCUCAGCUGCAGAGGAAUUCGAAAAGAGCAGUGCAGUGCAAAGAAGAGAAAUUGCAACUCGAAGAAGCUGUAGAAAAACUGCAACAAGAUGUGAGGGAAAUGAGAAGUACUUUAAAGAAGUACACAGCCAGUAUCCAGCAUUUGUGUGAUCAAGAAAUCCAUCUGAAAACCCAAGUGAAGACAUUUGAAGCAAACGUAAUUGCUGCUGCUCCAGACAAAGUCAAACAGAAGGAACUGGAAAGAGCCCUUUCUGGUUAUAAAGAAGAUUACUCCGGCCUUGCUGAGGCAGCUGGGAAAAUGGAAAGUGAAGUCAAACGAUUGCAUAACCUCAUCCUCGAGAUCAAUAGCAACAAACUUAAAGCACAACAAGACAAACUUGAUAAGAUCAACAAGGAGAUAGAUGAGUGCACUUCAAGCAUUACCAAAGCCAAGGUGGCUGCCAAGACUGCGGACAGGAACCUGAAAAAGUCUGAAGACUCUGUUCUUCGCACGGAGAAGGAAAUUGAAGUUAAUGAGAAAGCAAUUAAAGACUUAACAGAAGAGCUGACUACGCUGGAAGACAAAGCUACUGAGGUUAUGAACGAAUGCAGGCAAGCUGAAGAGGCGCUGCCAGUGGCUCAGGAGCAGCAUCGCAGCUUACUCCGGGAGAUUGAAGCUCUCCAAGAUGAUGAACACACACUUCAAAAGGAGGCUCUUAACGUUAAGCUGAAGAUUGAACAAAUUGACAGUCACAUUUCUGCACACCAGUCAAAGGUUAAAUACUGGCACAAAGAGAUGUCCAAGUUAUCACUGCACCCCAUAGAAGAUAAGCCCCCUGAAGAACUGCCUGUGCUAAGUCAGGAGGAGCUGGAGGCCAUCAAGGAUCCAGAUGUGAUCACUAAUCAGAUCGCCCUCCUGGAAGCCCAGUGUCAGGAAAUGAAACCCAACCUCGGGUCUAUUGCAGAGUAUAAGAAGAAGGAAGAGCUCUACUUGAAACGUGUGGCUGAGCUGGACGACAUCACCAACGAGCGAGACAAAUUCCGCCAGGCUUUUGAAGACCUUCGGAAGCAAAGGCUGAACGAAUUCAUGGCAGGAUUUAAUGUGAUAACAAACAAACUGAAGGAGAACUACCAGAUGCUGACGUUGGGAGGGGAUGCUGAGUUAGAGCUUGUGGACAGUCUGGAUCCCUUCUCGGAGGGAAUCAUGUUUAGUGUCCGGCCUCCAAAGAAAAGCUGGAAGAAGAUCUUUAACUUGUCAGGAGGAGAGAAGACUCUCAGCUCGCUGGCUCUGGUCUUUGCCCUCCACCACUACAAGCCAACGCCACUUUACUUCAUGGACGAGAUCGAUGCUGCGCUCGACUUCAAGAACGUCUCCAUUGUGGCCUUUUACAUAUACGAGCAAACCAAGAAUGCGCAGUUCAUCGUCAUCUCCCUGCGCAACAACAUGUUUGAGAUGGCAGACAGGCUAAUUGGCAUCUACAAGACUCACAACACCACCAAGAGCGUGGUCACCAACCCCAAAGUGAUCGCGGCCAAGGCGCUGGCGGCCCUGGGCAUGCCAGCCGGCACUGCAGCUCAGCAGGAGGAGCCCCUGCCUGCCGUUCCUGCUGCCCUUCCCCUCUAACUCAUAGACUUUGGGAUUUAUUUUUCUCUUAGGGUUUUUAUUUGAUGCAGCCUCCAGAAUUCCAUUGUUGUACAGUCUAGAUGGAUCUGAAUCGUAUCAGGAGGGAGUAAAGCAGCUCUGGGUGCAACUGCGUUUCUCUGUGCAGGGGCUGCAGGGCAGCGCUCGUGCUCUGCUGUUGGUUUUAAGUGUCGUUCUGACUGAUGGACAAUAAAGUGAGAAAGUUGCUUUACACUGUUA